AUGGCAAAGGAAAUUAAGGAAUUUCAGUUGUAUAACAGCAUGACGAAACAAAAAGAGGUGUUCAGGCCUAUAGUUGAGGGCAAGGUGGGAAUGUAUGUCUGCGGGGUCACCUCCUACGACCUCAGCCACAUCGGUCACGCCCGCGCCUAUGUGGCUUUCGACGUACUUUACAGAUAUCUAAAAUAUAUUGGCUAUGAGGUUGUCUAUGUCCGCAAUUUCACCGAUGUUGAUGACAAGAUUAUUCGUAGAGCAAAUGAGAUUGGGGAGGAUCCGAUAGCUUUGAGUGCUCGGUUUUGCGAAGAAUUUCUUGCUGACAUGGCUGAUAUCCAGUGCCUUGUUCCCACCCAUCAGCCACGUGUGACUGAACAUAUGGAGCAAAUCAAGGAUAUGAUAACUAAGAUUAUCAACAAUGGUUGUGCUUAUCAUGUUGAGGGUGAUGUUUACUUUGCUGUCGAUAAAUACCCAAAUUAUGGCCGUUUAUCGGGGAGGAGGCUAGAAGAUAAUAGAGCUGGGGAACGUGUUGCUGUUGAUGAGAGAAAGCAAAAUCCUGCUGAUUUUGCACUUUGGAAGGCUGCAAAGCCUGGUGAACCAAAAUGGGACAGUCCCUGGGGUUUCGGAAGACCAGGAUGGCACAUAGAGUGCAGUGCAAUGAGUGCUCGUUAUUUGACACACUCAUUUGAUAUUCACGGUGGUGGGAUGGAUUUGAUAUUUCCCCAUCAUGAAAAUGAGAUUGCUCAGAGCUGCGCUGCUUGCCCCGAAAGCAAUGUCAGUUACUGGAUACAUAAUGGUUUUGUCACCGCAAAUGAUGAGAAAAUGUCAAAAUCACUUGGCAACUUCUUCACCAUUCGUGAGGUAACGAAGGUGUACCAUCCACUCGCAUUGAGGCAUUUUCUUAUGGGAACACACUACAGGUCUCCUGUUAAUUACACAAUUUCUCAAUUAGAAAUUGCAUCAGAGGCUGUUUUCUACAUAUAUCAGACCUUACAAGACUGUGAAGAUGCUUUGUUGGCUUUGAAAGAAGAGGCUGAGAAAAAUGGCAAAAUCAGCCCUGCUGCCCAAGAAUGCAUCGCUAAACUGCAUGAAGAGUUUGAGGCAAAAUUGUCUGAUGAUUUGCACACCCCAACCAUACUUAAUUCUGCUCUUCAAGAAUCCCUGAGAUUUAUGAAUAGUUCUUUAAACAUGCUCAAGAAGAAACAGCCAAAAAAACAACAACUAUCCACAGUAAAGUCUCUUGCUGAACUGGAGAAACAAGUCAAGGAAGUUUUAGAUGUUCUAGGACUGCUGUCAAAUUCAAGAUAUACCGAGGUUUUGCAGCAACUAAAAGAUAAAGCUUUGAAAAGGGCGGGGUUGACUGAAGACGAUGUUUUGCAUUUAAUUGAGGAGAGGAUGCUAGCCAGGAAAAACAGAGAGUUCUCUAGAAGUGAUCAGAUUAGGAGUGACUUGGGUGCUAAGGGAAUUGCAUUAAUGGAUGUAGGAAAGGAAACAGUUUGGAGGCCUUGUGUGCCGGUCCAACAAGAAAAGCCUGACGUUCCAGUUCAACAGGAAAAGCCAGUAGAGGCGGUUAAACUAGAAAUACCAGUCAUUCCAGCAGAAAAAGGUCAGCCAGCUGUGCCAGCCGGUGAGGAGCAGUAA